GCAUCUGUCAACUUUUCUCAAAAUUUCUCUCUAGUUUCAGCUUUCAAAUGUGUACGGAACGAAAGAUUUGAGAAGUAUUGUCCACCCCAUCAACAUCAACAUCAAAGAUUCAGCAAAAAAUAUUUUCUACCAUUACAGAAAAACACGAUCAACAUCAGGUGGUGAUUUCGAUCUUGUCCUCGUUAAUUUCCUCAAGAAUGACCAAACGUUCAGAUAUAUAACGCUUUGGGACAUUGUGUUUCUUGUGCAUCUGAGCAACGAUAUUGUCCUGUCUAUAUUUCUACUAGAAUGGGAGAAAGAAAAGUGCUAAACAAGUAUUAUCCACCGGACUUCGAUCCGGCAAAGAUUCCACGGCGGCAGCAGCCAAAGAAUAAACAAUUCACUAUCCGCAAUAUGCUUCCCAUGAGCAUUCGUUGUACAACUUGUGGGAACUACAUGUAUAAGGGUACAAAGUUUAAUAUGCGCAAAGAAGAAGCUAUCAGGGAGACUUAUUUGGGAAUUCGAAUUUUUAGGUUCUAUACCAAAUGCAACAAAUGCUCAGCGGAAAUAACAUUCAAGACUGAUCCACAGAAUUCGGAUUAUGCUCUUGAAUGCGGUGCCACGAGAAAUUUCGAGCCUUGGCGUGCAGAGGAUGAAGAGAAAAGGAAAAGGAAUAUAGAUGAUAUGGGAGAUGCGAUGAAAUCAUUGGAGAAUAGGUGUUUGGACUCGAAGAGGGAACUGGAUAUCCUGGUUGCUUUGGAUGAUAUCAUGUGUAUAAAUUCGAGACACGAAAGGGUGAGUGUAGAUUCAACGCUCGAAGCUUUGCAACAGAAAAAUGAGGCGAAUGAAAGGGAAUUGGAAGAAGAGGAUGAGGCUCUUAUAGAAUCCGUGUUUAAGGGGGCACGACAGCAUAUUUUACGAAGGAUUGAUGAUGAAGAAGAUUUAACUGUGUUUUCACCUGAGAAGAGAAGAAAGCUAUCUACCGACCUUCCAAACCCAGCAGAUUCUUUACCGAAAGGCAGUGUUCGUGACAGCUUCAAGAGUCGAAAUAAUGGUAAAUUCAUUCUGAAAUCUUCAUCGGUCACAGUUUCUAUUCUUAAGAAACCACUUCCCGAUUCCAAUAGUAACAAGGCAGGAAAGAAGGAGCCGAAGAAUCAGGAGGCAGGAUCCAUUGCAAGUAGUGGGUUACAAUCAUUAUGCCAGCAAUAUGGAAGUAAUGAAGACGAUUGAUGGCAAAGAACCAUCCCACUUGUUUCAGAUGGGCAGCGUAAUUGUAUUUGUUGUAUUUAGUUUGGUGUGAAGCAAGUUUGAUAUUUAGAUCUUGAGUUCUUGACUGAUACUUACAGUAUAUUGCAUUUAUCAUCCAAUUUUUCAUGUACCAGUUGAUUCUUGCUCUUUUUUCAAAUACAAUUUUGUGUUUCUUGAA